AUGGGUUCGUUGUUUCGGAGCGAAGAAAUGCAACUAUCUCAAAUGUUUCUGCACACAGACAUAGCCUACAUGUGCAUAUCAGAGUUAGGGGAGUUGGGGCUGGUUCAGUUUCGAGAUACUGUCCCAGGUACCAACGCAUUCCAGAGAAAAUUUGUAAAUGAAGUUCGAAGAUGUGAUGAAAUGGAGCGAAAAUUAAGAUUCCUGGAGAAGGAGAUCGAAAAAGACAAGUUUCCCAUAUUGGACACUGGCGAAAAUCCAGAAGCUCCGGCCCCGCGUGAAAUUAUCGACCUGGAAAGCAUUUUCGAGAAAUUAGAGAACGAACUGAAAGAAGUGAACUCAAGCGCGGAAAAAUUAAAAAAGACGUAUCUGGAAUUGUCUGAACUGAAGCAAAUUUUGCGCAAAACGCAGACAUUUUUUGACGAAGCUCUACACGAUCCUGCAAUGUCGGAAGAAAAUGUUGGACUCCUUGGGGGUGAAGCGAUGGGUGCUGCUGGCACUGCUGGUGGAUUGCGACUGGGAUUUCUUGCUGGGAUUAUCCUUCGUGAACGGUUACCAGCUUUCGAGCGUAUGCUGUGGCGGGUGUGUCGAGGAAAUGUUUUCCUUAAGCAAGCAGAAGUUGAUGACCCAUUAGAAGAUCUUACAACGGGUAUGCCAGUCCACAAAUCCGUAUUCUUGGUAUUCUUUCAGGGUGAUCAGCUUCGGACUCGUGUUAAAAAGAUAUGCGACGGAUUCCAUGCAACCCUAUAUCCUUGCCCUGAUUCACAAGCUGAUCGACGUAAUAUGGCCAUUGAAGUGAUGGGUCAGAUCCAAGAUUUGGAAACAGUGCUAACACAAACUAGGCAGCAUCGUCAACGUAUUUUAGAAACGGCCGCUAAAAAUUUACGCACCUGGUUUAUAAGGGUUAGGAAAAUCAAAGCUAUCUAUCAUACUUUAAAUUUGUUCAACCUUGAUGUAACUACAAAAUGUAUGGUUGGGGAAUGCUGGUGUGCAGUGAAUGAUGUGGACAAAAUUAAUUUGGCUUUACGUCGUGGUAUGGAACGCAGCAAUAGUACUCUACAACCGAUUUUAAAUGGAAUAGUAACUACGGAAAAUCCUCCGACAUACCACCGAACAAAUAAAUUUACCUAUGCUUUUCAAAGUAUCAUUGAUGCUUACGGAGUCGCACGUUAUCGAGAAGUCAAUCCAGCUCUGUUCACAGUUAUCACAUUCCCCUUCCUGUUUGCUGUAAUGUUUGGAGAUGCUGGCCAUGGAUUGCUUAUGUUUCUUUUCGCUUUGUGGAUGGUUGUAUGUGAGCGAAAAUUAAGUGCUAAUAAGUCCGGAGGUGAAAUUUGGAAUAUAUUUUUCAGUGGUCGUUAUAUUAUACUUCUUAUGGGUUUGUUUUCAAUUUAUACUGGAUUGAUAUACAACGACAUAUUCUCUCUAUCUGCUAAUAUUUUUGGGUCCUCAUGGUAUCCAACUUAUGAUAAUAGUGUUUUAUCAAAGGAAGUUAGACUCCAGUUAGAACCUCGAACAAGCGUUAAUGUGUCGGACAGAAUGUAUGCCGGAUAUCCUUAUCCUUUUGGUUUAGAUCCUGUAUGGCAGUUAUCUGGUAAUAAAAUCAUGUUGACAAAUUCGAUCAAGAUGAAGAUGUCUGUCGUACUGGGAGUAUUACACAUGCUAUUGGGCAUUAGUUUAGGUGCUUUCAAUUACAGAAAUAAUAAAGAUAACUUGUCGAUUUGGUGCUUACUGCUUCCUCAAAUCCUUUUCUUGUCAUGCAUCUUCCUUUAUUUGGUGAUAUUGAUCUUUUUCAAAUGGGUUGCAUAUACGGCGGAAACAGCCUCCUCUGCACCAAGUCUUCUUAUUGGUCUAAUCAAUAUGAUCCGUUUCAGUUAUUCAGAUGAAAUUCCUCCUUUGUAUUCUGGACAGAAAGCUGUUCAAAGUAUACUGAUGGUUGUUGCAGUUAUAUGUGUUCCUUGGAUGUUGUUGUCUAAACCCUUAAUUUUGUAUAUGCGUCAUCGUGCCAUCUUGAAGAAUAGACAUUAUGUGGAUCCUGAUGCAAGUGUGCAUGUGGUCGUUGGUGGUGUAACAAAUCCGAAUAUGGAUGAUAGUUUCAUUGGUGAUAAUAAUGGUAUUAUGUACAGUGACAUGUCUCCAUUACAUAGAUCAUCAUCUGAAAAACGUUCUAAGGUUUCACUUAUUAGUCAAACAGAUUCGCCAGGUAGUCAUGAUGUUCAUAAGUUUGAUUUCGGAGAUAUAAUGGUCCAUCAAAGCAUUCAUACGAUUGAGUUUUGCUUAGGUUGCAUUUCCAACACAGCUUCUUAUCUUCGUCUAUGGGCUUUGAGUUUAGCACAUGCGCAAUUGUCGGAAGUCCUUUGGAGUAUGGUUAUGAGAAUGGGUUUGCGUAUAUCUGGUCUAUAUGGCGGUGUUGUGUUAGCAUUUAUUUUUACAUUCUGGGCUGUGCUAACCGUUAGUAUUCUUUUGUGCAUGGAAGGAUUAUCUGCUUUUCUCCAUACACUUCGUCUCCAUUGGGUGGAGUUUCAAAAUAAAUUCUACAGUGGUGAUGGUUAUCCUUUCGUUCCAUUUACCUUCGAACAUUCCAACAGUCUAGUGGAUAAUUAG